UACAGUAGGUAUUUGGCUUUCACACAAUAUAAUACUUUUUACAUGGUUUAUGGUGCUUCACCCAAAAUUCACUCUAAUAUAACUCUAAUCAAUAUUUUGUCAAUUUAUCAGUCAAUUAGGUUUACCGAAAUGUCACCAACAAAAUUAUAAACUUAUUCGAAGCAUGUAUAUGUUCGUAAUCACCUUAUGAAGUACAGAUAUACAAACAAAUACAAUAUAUCAUAAUAAACUAUAACAGAUAAUAUACUGUGACAAUAUUUACGAACAUGUACUUCACCUACAAAAACAACAAGACAAGAAAACAUGGAAUCAAAAAAAGAUAACCAUAAAUACCUUAUCUGCCCGAAACGAAAAAAGCGGGAAAUAGUUUCUGAAUUUAAAAAAAAUUCAAACAAAGAAGAUUAUUCUGCCCCUACCGCUGAAAAUGCUGAAAUAAUCUACAGAAAAGUCAGUGAACCAAGACCUAAAUGUGAUUACAAGAAAGGUAACACGUUUAAUCAUGAUUUACAUAAAAAUAAAAAUGUAGAAGUGCUGGAAAACACUAAGGUCAACCAAAUUUAUAACAAAAUCUGCGAUAUAGUGCUUAAACCAAUGGAUAUAUACUUUUAUGACACCAAAAACAAUUGUUACUAUAGCAGCUUCAACCCCAUCCUAGCGGCAAAUAGCUGCUACACAUAUUAUGGGGCGAAUGUUAAUCGCUUACUGAUAUUCAUUGAAUACACAAGUAAAACCAUGGAACGCCUAUUCAGAGAGUUAAUUCAAACAGAAAGUACGCCUGAUUUAAGUGCAGUUAUUUUAGCCAUCAAUCCCAAAAAAGUAGAAGAUCUAUGCAAAGUCAACAAAGAGAAGAUGAACAUAAACCUCAAAAGCGGUUACUUUAAUUACAAGCCUAGAGACACGUCCUUAUUUUUUAGUAAUGUGACAAACAAUCAUUUUGAUAUCAAAAUAAAAAAUCAUUGUAUUGGAUUAAAAAUAUCAAUUCGCAAAUAUACAGGAACGCUAUUGGAAACUCUGACGGCUGUGUGUAACCUGGCUCGUUGCUUCUUUCCUACUUAUAAAACAAAAGUACCAACCGUUUAUGGACGCAACUGGUAUUUCUGGAAUAUCUUUCAAGGAAUUUUAGUGAAUAGACUCUUAAAAAAUGCUAAUGUAAACAACUUAAACAUUACGACGCAGCUUUAUUUCGUGUUGAUCACAGACGCUAUCCUAUAUUUGAGCAUAGAAAUUAACUUAACAUUGAAAAAAGGAGUAUACAUAACAUGUGCAACAAACAUGUCAGAACAUUUUUUAUCAAAUACAGCGGAAUGGAGUUACUUACAUAAGUAUAUUUUACAAAAAUCUAUAUCAUCCGGCAAUUGGUUUAUUAUCAACAAAUUAAGCGAAAAUUCAUACAAGUCAUUAAAAGCAAUAAUAUAUAAUACAAAAUGUACAGCAAGUCACCACCAAGUAGAUAAAUCGAGAGAAUCAGUCGAAAGUUUCGACAGAAAAACUUACAUUCGGGACAGCAAUACAGAUCUGGAGUUAACAAAUAUUCUAAUAUUAAAUAUUAUAGCGAGGGCAUCGACGUUUACUAGUACAAAAGUAGUAGUGUUGACUGACACUACACAGGCGUGGAAUGUUUUCUAA